GAAAAUAGCUUGCAUAAUUAUGAGUGGAGGCUCGUUGUCUCAGAAUUUUGGAAAUGCCACAACCACAUCAGAAUUUCCUAGAUAUCUAUUUGCUAAGACUCUUUAGUAUUUCUUUAACAUACCCUCCUCGUCUACUGCCGUAGCUUUAAGCGCUUCCUUAGGCUUCUCUAACCUCUCUAUUUUCAGUUCACAAUUGGUGCUCAGGGUCCUCCUUGUGGCGCCUUCUGUCAGCAGAAGACGCACAUGAAGCAGCAUCUACGCGAAUUGAAGAACAAGUUUGUGAACUUGCAAAGGAAGCUCGAAUUCAUCAACUUCAACGUGGACCAUUAAGGCUACCGCAGACGCAUCUCCAGCAGCAUCCUUGGCCUCUUUUUCAAGGGGAAAAUCAAGUACUAUGCAAUUGCAAGGAUAUCAUGACUACUAGGGAAGGUAGAGGGCCAGCCAAGGACGCGCUACUCAGGGAUGCUAACGCAGUAGUUCUAAGACCAAUUAUCCAAUAACACGGAUUUGCAAGAGGGCUUCCGAAUGGGCAUGGACACCAUGCAAAAACUGGCAGAUGCAGCAAAGUCGACAGGAAUAUUAAGGCUCAGCUUUCAAUGGUCAUUGGGGUUGGUCACUGAGAUCCCUCUUGAGAGAACAGGGGAAAAUGAAGGAAAAGCAAAGGGAGAGGCAUGGGGCCCAUUUCUUUCAGAGUCAGUGACCAUUGAGUGCUGAGCUUUAAGAAUAGCGACAGGGAAGGACUUUCAAAAAGCUCUGGGGGCGCAUUUGGAUCAUUACGAGUGGUUACAAAUUCCUAGUUAUUUACCUCUUACCUGCGUUCUUGGAUCAUUAUUUGCUUAGUACAGAGGUCAACGCUAAUCCCCAGACAGGAUGCUUGCGCAAUUGAAAAAGGGCUACAAGUUAGGCAAGGAGAAACUUGUAGAGACGGCCACAAGCUAUGGCAAAGCGAUAUUCGGACAGGAGAUCAUGGGCGGCGAAAAAGGGAUGGACGCUGAUUUGCUGGAGGAAGUGGCUGGUGCGAAAGUAGGCGAAGGCGACAACGAGGAGCCCGGAAGUGGCUCCAUGGGACCAGAAUUGGAAGAAAUUACAGAUGAGGGGGUAUUUGGGGCAUGA